UAGAAAUAGGCAUAAAACUGAUUUAUUCUGAGAUAAUCAUGUUUUGCUGUUAUGUGAAAAAGUGCCUUCAUUCAGCAGUCUUCUAAUGAUGAUGUGAUUUAUGAUUUAAAAGGCCUGAACCAAUAUGGAUGUUAUACCUUGCAUCAGAAGUAUAGCACCAACACCUAAUUAGCUCUCUCCUGAGCCCAAAGUCACUGAGCCCAACUCUCCCUUCAUGAUGCAGUGUGUGGUUUGAGAUAAAUGAUAUAACAUUAAGCUCAAGGUGGUUGAGUCUCAAGCAGUAGGGAGGCGGAAGCAAGCCAAGGGAGCUCCGUGCCCACUGAUCCCACGGGACUCACUGAAGACACCGGAACUGUACUUGCUGUGUUGGGUUUUAACGCACUCUGUAUUGUGGCUAUAUGUUUAACUCCUGAAUGUGUAGACUGUGGGGAGACUAGAGAAAAUGGGGUGGGUAGGGACACUGAUAUGUAAACUAGUGCAAAUAGCACUGAGGAAAUCUAAUGAUGACAGAAUAUAUUUUGUUUUACUGAAGUUUUUGAUACAUUUUAUAUCUAAGGAAUAUAUCAGUAUAUAACAGCAGUAUUGCAUGCAGAUGUAUUUCAGUAGAUGUCUCCCCUCAGCUAGCUUGCAUUCUCAAUAUCAUGAGUUUGUGAGUAUAUCAGUCACAUUUUAAUUUUGCUUGACCCAGAUAUGUUUAAAUAUCUUAGUUUUAAAUGUUUUAUGUGGUUAAAUACAUAGUCACAGGUAAAGUUAGUGAGAACUAGAAGGUAGGCAGUCCCCCUUGUGGGAUCCUACCUCCCCUCUGAUGUGUUUCCAUCCAAUGUUUCAACUUCCAUAUGGUCUUUUCUCUCCCCCCUUCGUAUGUGUGUUACAGCACCCAGAUAGCAAGAUGAUGCAGAUCAACCUGACAGGCUUCCUGAAUGGGAAGAAUGCGCGGGAGUUCAUGAAGGACCUGUGGCCCCUGUUGCUGAGUGCCCAGGAGAACAUUGCUGGCAUCCCGUCUGCUUUUCUAGAACAGAAGAAAGAGGAAAUUAAACAGAGACAGAUUGAACAAGAGAAGCUUGCUUCCCUGAAGAAGGUUGAUGAGGAUAAGAAGGACAUCAGAGAGAGGGCUCAGUCAAAGAGUCCAAGGAGGCGGAAAACAAGAUCACCGUCACCUCGGCGAAGGUCACCGGUGAAGCGAGAAAGGAAACGCAGUGCAUCACGCUCUCCUAGACGCAAACCCAGCCCAGCUGGGGGCUCUUCGCCACCUCCACCACUGAUGCAGCUGCCCACAAAACCUUUGGAGCAGCUUGUGGAGCCAGAAACAUCAGAACAGAGAGCUAUGCCGGAGCCAGUCAUCCAGGAAGCUACUUCUGCUCGUGACAAUGUUGUGGAGGUGUUGAAAGCAGACUCUGUGGCUGAAGUCAGAGAACCCUCACCAGAGAAGGUUCACAAAAGAGAAGAGAGGCCCAGGUCCAGGGACAGGGAAAGGGAAAGGGAAAGGGAAAAAGACAGCAGGAGGGAAAGACCGCAUCAUCGUUCACGUUCUCAUUCCCGCUCUCGCCGGCGACGCUCCCGUUCUAGAUCCUAUUCACCUCGCAGAAGACCAAGUCCAAGAAGGAGAAUGUCACCCCGUCGAAGGAGUCCCCCUAGACGUGGUCCAGCUGGCUCCAGACACAGACAUAGACGCUCUCCUGUACGCAGGAGGCGCUCUCGCUCUGCUUCAUCCUCUAGCAGCUCCUCUGGCUCUCGGUCACCGAAAAAAUCAUUGAAAAGAAUAUCCAACACACCUCCCCGGAAACAAGUGCAUCAUCCUGAAACUUCCAUUAGCCCCGCAGGGAAGGAUAGACGGUCCCCAUCUCCACGAGCCAGAAGAGGCAGAGGCUCUGCAACACCACCCAGAUCAUCUGGUUUAAAACGAAAACAAGGAGGAAGGGGUGAUUCUCCAGCUGAUAAUGCAAAGCCCAGACCUUCUGAGGGGUCAGAGUCAGAGGAGGAUAAAAAUGAGAAAGGGGCAACAGCAGAUUCCGUGCAGCAGCGACGUCAGUAUCGCAGACAGAAUCGUCAGUCGUCUUCAGAUACAGGGUCUUCCUCCUCAGAUGAUGACGGACCUAAGAGACCAACAGCAGGGCCAGGUGCCAGGAAUGGUGAAGUCCGAAGAAGACGCAGUCGUACCCCAUCCCCACGGAGGCGACACAGAGAGGUCUCUCCAAGAAAAAGACGUUCUCCAUCUCCUGCACGCAGACGUCGCUCCCCCUCUCCCCCACGUCGUCGCCGAUCUCCUUCUCCUGCCAGAAGAAGGUCUCCCUCUCCACCUCCCCGUCGUCGUUCCCCGUCCCCCAGAAGAUAUUCUCCUCCUAUCCAGCGUCGCUACAGCCCCUCACCACUGCCUCCACUGAAGAGGAGGAUGUCUAUAUCUCCAAAGCGCUCAUCUCCAGGAGCCAAGCGACGGCUCUCCAGGUCCCCUAAGCGCAGAAGUUCUCCUGCUCAAAGAAGACGCACACCUCCAUCGUCCUCGUCCCCACCCAGACACAGGAGAAGCCCAAUGAUGCAGUCAGGAAGGCCAAGCAGAGACACACGAUCCCCCGUGGCAGUGGCCAGUCGCCUUUCCCCUUCUCCGGCCAACCGCAGUCGCCCUGUUAGGGGUUCACCAAGUCCGCAGGGAAGAUAUGAAACCUCCAGUACAUCCCCAUCAAACCAGCAAAGACAGCAGUCACCUUCACAUAGUGGCAAACCCAUUCGCAGAGUGUCGCGCACGCCAGAGCCUCGCAACAACCAGAGAUCAUCUCCAAGUCCCCAGCCAAUGAGAAGAGCAUCCUCUCGAUCCAGAUCUGUUUCUCCACAGCCAGCAGCUCAGAAACGUCCAGCUCCAACAUCUGCCUCCCCCUCCCCGUCUCACUCAGCCAGUGGUUCUCCGCCACCAGUCAAAAAGCCCAGCAGCGGCUCAGGCAGUCAAUCCCCAAGCAAGAAUUCAGAUGUUGAUGGAAGUGGAAAGAAAAAGAAAAAGAAGAAGGAAAAGAAACAUAAGAAAGAGAAGAAACACAAGAAGCAUAAGAAACAUAAGAAGGAGAAGAGCAGUGGCGCUGUGGCUGCAGAUGGACAAGAGAACCAGGGCGUGGAGGAGGAUGCAGACUCAAGAAAGGAGUCAGACAGUGAAGUAGAGGAUAGCUUGGAUGACCUGGAAAAGCACCUUCGUGAAAAGGCUCUUCGCUCCAUGAGGAAGGCUCAAAUGUCUCCGUCACAGAUGUCCUGAAAUGAGGAGCUUUCUCAUUAAUGGUUUUUCAACUCUAUCUUGAUGUUUGUCAUCAACCUGGUUCAGCUUUAGAAUGUACAAAUUGUUAAAUCUUGAGUAAUUUUGUUUCCUUUUUACUGGUUUGGUACUUCUGAACUGUGUGUCUCAUCAGGAGCUUGCUUUGUCAGUUAGGGUAUUAUCUAUACUGUCAAGACGCUUGUGUUGUCUAUAAUUUUAAAUUGUUGAGCAGGGGAAUGGUUUCAGCUCAGACGUGUGCAUCUGGCAGGUUUAAAACAUUUUCCAAAGCCUACAGUAGAUUCCACUGAGAAAUGAUUGCAUGUGUAAGUGAAAGUAUUUGAUGUGCAUGAACUACUGCACUUGUGGAGUAAAGGCAAAAAGCAGACCUACAGUAACACUAUUACCAAUGCCUUUAAUUAGUGGUUGUACAACUGUCUCCAGCCACAGGCAGUAACAAAUUCUCAUCCCAUACUAUAACUGAAUAGACAUUUUUGACAUUAUCUAACAUAAUGUUUCCUGAUUUUGAAAUGGGGGAGUAACAAUCUCAUGUGUUACAGAAUAUACUUUUAAUUUCUCCUUUUGGAUUGAUGCAAAUUUUUAUUUUGACUCCUUGCACCAUGCUUAUCUCUGUUGGACUGUGAUAUUUGUAUUUAGUACCCCUAGCUCUUGUCAACUUGUCAUCCUUUCAAAAUAAAACCUUUUUAUAGGAA